AUGGCUGACAAUACAGUUUCUAAGAGCACUCAGAGUGUUCAGACCGAUGAUCUCUCCCAACUAUCAGACAGUUUUCGAAAGCAAAACCGCCGAAAACUCGCGACUAAUUUCUCUCAGGCUCUUCUACUUUCUCCACCAAGCUCGAUGCUAUCUCCGACUCCAUCAAGUCGGAAAUCCUCUUCUUUCUUACAUCAGCCUAAAGCCAACUUGAUCUUGGCAUAUGAAACAAGAGAUCGAAAUGGGAAGAAAAUCGAUCAGCCAUGCUUAAUCGUAGAUGGGGUAGAGAAGCAAGUUCGACUCCUUCGUCCAUCUGCAGAUUCUUCGCCUACCUCCGGAGGUAUUUCCAAUGCCCCCAAGAACUUUCCUUGUGAUGGCGCCUUUUCCGAGCAAGAUACAACGGACUUUUGUUCCGCAGUACUGAGUGAUCAAAUUGUCUCCCUUGUAAAUGGCAGUAACGGUUGUGUAAUCUACCUGAACGCUAUCAACAAAAGGAAUGCAUCACGGUUCAUUGGGAAUGAUUCAAAUGCCAGCAGUUUUGGACUGGUCCCAACUGCUAUUCACAGCCUAUUCAGCGCACUCAAUGAUCAACGUUCAACACAUUUCUACUUCACAGUAUCUGCGCUUGAAAUUCCCAACAAUACCGACCACUCAUCGAUUGAUCUUUUAUCAGAACUCAAAAAUGAUGUGGAUCCCGAGGGAAGGCAAGUCGAGAAACUGAAAUCCGGUGUCUUUACUUGGAAAAGAGCGCUCUCUUCUUCCCGACUAGAUGAUGAGAAAACAGAGUUAGUUGCAGCUACAGUAGCAGAAGCUGCUCAUUAUCUCGAUAUUGCUCUUGAGGUAAGCAGACGUCAUCAUGAGGUAUCUGGCUCUGCGAAAUCACAGAGACAUUUGCUCUUCACCUUCAAUAUCUACCGAAGUCAUUCAGGACUAUCAGCUACCGCACCAAGUGAGUAA